CUGGCUCUAUCACAUAUACGUAUGCUUCUCUGAACCUGAACCAUCAUUCCCUUCCAAUCCGCCAGUAACUGGACACCUUCCUCGAGUUAAGCUCUAUAUUCCCCCUCCUCAGCGCGGCCUUCGAUGCAAUAUGAUCUCUCCUCAUGUAGGGAUGGAAAAUGGCAUCGCAUGGAUAACAGGAGAUGUCAAAGAUACCGGCGUAAUCCUUUUCCUCCAAAAAUCCAGGUCAUCUCCCGACUUUUGGUCAACUAUCAACUCGACUGCUGAUACGGAUGAAGGCGGCAAGAGUGGACAUGUUGGAGAAAACGUGUCUAACGCGGAACCAGCAGCAAUAGCCUGGCCACUCGUUCACUCAGAGACAGGUGGCGGACUUGAUUUGGUUGACUUGCGUGCAGGUGUGGCUUGUGGACCAACUCCUGCAGAUAUAAACAUAUUGGGGGAGUCGACUAG